GUAUCUUUUACCAAUUUGCCAUGCUGGCACAUGCAUGAUAUGUAUAUGUGUAACCUCGUAAACGCACGUGAGCUUAGCACAGCUUUAUAAGAGCUAUUCUUCAUCUUAGGAAAGAAGAUAUUUUCUAAUCUGACAUCCAAACAGGCCAUGCAUGGACAACGAGCCUUUUCUAAAUUUUGCUCUUUCCACACAGCCCUCCAUUCUUUCUGCGAAAAAACCUCCAAAAUACCCUCUAAAUCUAGAGAAGAUUUCAUCAGCCUAUGUUCCAUAGGAAGCCUGAAAGAAGCCUUUAAAAGAUUCCAAUCUGAAAUCUGGUCAGACCCAUCUCUCUUCUCCCACCUCUUGCAAGCAUGCAUCCCCAAACAGUCCCUUUCACUAGCCAAACAGCUCCAUUCCCUCAUAAUCACAUCUGGGUCCUCUUCAGACAGGUUCAUCUCCAACCAUCUUCUCAACGUGUAUGCCAAAUGCGGUCAAUUAACCAUGGCAGCCGCAUUGUUUGACGUGAUGCCAAGGAAGAAUGUCAUGUCCUCUAACAUUUUGAUUGGAGGGUUUAUCCAAAAUGGAGAUUUGGAGCUUGCCCAGAAGGUUUUUCACGAAAUGCCAGAGAGAAACGUUGCAACAUGGAAUGCAAUGGUCACGGGACUGAUCCAAUUUGGGUUAAAUGAAGAUGGGUUGGAUUUGUUCUAUCAGAUGCAGAGGUUGGGACUGCAGCCGGAUGAAUUCACUUUGGGAAGUGUAUUGAGGGGCUCUGCGGGUUUGAAGAGAACAGAAUCAGGCCAGCAGAUUCACACCUACAUCAUCAAAUCUGGGUUUCAUUCAAAUUUAUGUGUUGGGAGCUCUCUCGCUCACAUGUACAUGAAAUGUGGGUGCGUCAAAGAAGGAGAACAGGUGUUUGCAGGGAUGCCUGUCCAUAAUGUCGUUGCCUGUAAUACUGUUAUUGCAGGCAGGGCUCAAAAUGGGGAUGCUGAGGGAGCUUUGGAUCAGUUUAAUCUGAUGAAGUUGACGGGAUUCAGGCCAGAUCAAAUCACUUUUGUGAGCAUUAUUAGCUCAUGUUCUGAGUUAGCAACGCUUGGGCAAGGUCAGCAAGUUCACGCACAAGCCAUCAAAGCAGGCGCAGAUUCAGAAGUGUCUGUGAGAAGUUCCCUUGUUAACAUGUAUUCAAAAUGCGGAUGUCUGGAUGAUUCCAAGAGAGCCUUCUUGGAAUAUGAAGAUUUGGACAUUGUCUUGUGGAGUUCGAUGAUUAGCGCUUAUGGGUUUCACGGGCAUGGGCAGGAGGCUAUUGGGUUGUUUGAACGAAUGGAAAACGAAGGAAUUGAGCUGAAUGAUGUCACAUUUUUAGGUUUGUUGUACGCUUGCUGUCACAGUGGAUUGAAGGAACAAGCAGCAGAGUUCUUCAAGCUGAUGACAGAGAAGUAUGAAUUGCAGCCUAGAUUGGAGCAUUACACUUGUAUGGUUGAUCUUCUCGGGCGUUCAGGCUGCCUGGAUGAAGCAGAAGCUCUGAUUAGAUCAAUGCCUGUAAAGCCUGAUGCAGUUAUUUGGAAGACUCUGUUAUCUGCUUGUAAGAUCCAUAGAAACGCCGAGAUGGCAAGCAGGAUUGCAGAACACGUUCUUAGGCUCGACCCUGGAGAUUCUGCUCCAUACGUGUUGCUUUCAAACAUCCAUGCUUCUGAGAAGAAAUGGGGGGAUGUGACUGAGGUGAGGAGAGCCAUGAGAGAGAGGAAGGUGAAGAAAGAGCCUGGAAUCAGUUGGUUUGAGGUAAAGAACCAGGUGCAUCAGUUCUGUAUGGGUGAUCAGUCUCACCCAAAAUGGAGAGAGAUCGAUGCAUACCUAAAAGAACUGAUGGCUGAGAUAAAGGAACACGGAUACGUGCCUGAUACAGCCUCUGUUUUGCAUGAUAUGGAGGUUGAAGAGAAGGAACAUAGCUUGGCUCACCACAGUGAGAAGCUGGCGAUUGCAUUCGCGCUCCUGAGCAUCCCCUCCAAAGCUCCAAUCAGGAUCAUGAAGAACUUGCGAGUUUGCAAUGAUUGCCAUGUUGCAAUCAAGUUCAUAUCCAAGAUCACUGUCCGGGAAAUCAUUGUUAGAGAUGCAAGUCGGUUCCAUCAUUUCAAAGAUGGGGAAUGUUCUUGCAGUGAUUACUGGUGAUGAUAGCUGAGCUUACAAUCAGAUGAGUUAUUGUGUCAAAUGCUAAGGUGUUGUGCAUGUUUGUGCAUGCCUGUAACAUUAACAAACCAUUUGAAAAGCAGAAACAGAUGCCAUUUGUUCAAACAUAACUCUUAGUGAGGGAUUGCAGGAUGCUUCACCCA